UAUGAGAUUAUUGGUUCAUAAUUUACUAAUGUGUAACAAAUGUGAUAAAAACAAUUAUCCACUUAAAAUAGAAGUCAAUAAAAGUGUAAUAAUGGAAUUAGAAUUCAAAAAAGAUGCAAUUUUAAAAUUAAUUCCAAAACUUGAUUUUGAGGUAUUAUCUAAUACAGUCAGAGAAGUAAAAGAAUAAUUUAUUUGAUAGCUUGGAUUCAAGUAAUUCCCUAAAUAAAUACCUCCAAAUGUGGAAUAAGAUUUAGCCUUCUUAAAAGACUUGCAUCGUGUUUUAUUUGAGGUAAUAAUUUAAAGAAAGAAUUUUAAAUAGACUCAUAUUAUGGAUGGCUAAUUGACUUGUCCUAAUCCAUCAUGUAAAAGAAAUUAUCCAAUCACAAAUGGAAUACCUAAUAUGAUCCUUACAGAAGAUGAACAAUGAU